CUCGUUUUAUAUGAUUUUCUACUGUCACCUUCCCGUGGACUGGAUUACUGUGAAUGUGUUACUUAACUUAGCCAGUUGCACUGAGUUAAAGGAGUGGGUUACGUAACGAUAGAAUAGACAGGUCAAAACUACAUAACUUCGCUCUGGUAAGACGUAGAAAAUGCAAACCGACAGAAGUACUUCUCAGUGACAUAACGAAAGGUAGAAACAAAUGAUUUACACCGCAAAGCUAGACUAUUAACCUAUGUUUGAAGAGUGCAGAUCACAACAGAAACGUUGCCAGUUGAUUUGUCGAUUUUAGCGAUGUGCAAACAAGAAAAUACGGGUAGUGACAUGCCCUUGUCGGGAUGAAAUUGAUGAAAGCCGUAGAAGCUUGACUUGGAUUACAGAUCACGAAGUUGAACAUUUUGGGCUGCAUUUCCAACAUGCAAAAAACGUGACAGUGGAAACAACGUUCUUCCCACAACACAUUUUAUUCUCUGUUAUGUAAUUUUAGCUCGCAAGUGUGUUGUGCAUAUGAUCACUUAUCCAUUUUCCUGCCAUUUUGUUAUCAUCACUUGUUGCGUGAGGUUCGUGGAUUAUAUAACACGACAAUUUUAUUUUCGAAAUACUAUGUCGUGCUUUUAAUGAAAUAGACACUGAGGUCCAAGGUUUGGAGAAUUCAUUUUAUAAUGGUAGAGUAAAAACAUUGCUCGUCUUACAAUGAAGUUACAGAAGAUUCCGGCGAAGGAAUCGUGUUAUGGGAAUGAAAUGAGUGCGUGAAAUCUGGUAAACUAUCCCUCUCUAUGGCGUGCUGCGCACAUGAUUUCCUUAAGGUCCUACUUGUUUACCGAAUUAUUGGCAGUGGGAAAGUUUGGCUAGUUCGACUUUAAAUAAUAAUCUCUCGCUCUACGUGAUUGGAUUUUCAACGCUGGGUCAUCUAUGCAGAAAAAAAAACGCAACACUACAGUGUCCAUGGGAACUCAUCUCCUUUAAAAGUGAAGUAGUCCAUGGUUGGAAUAAAAUCGAGGUUGAAAAUGCAUUUGAGUGCUACGACUGAUUGGAAGGGGAUGAAGACAAGACUUUGUCCUAUCCAACCUAAAUAAUCCGAUGGCUUUCCACCUGUGCAUAGAUUUGUCAGACGUUAACAUCCCCUUAAAAGGCCACCAAGCCGAAGCACACAUACUGCACGUCAAAUUUCACGGGACCGAUCGAGACGAAUACAGAGUUGACUAUGAGAAGCUCGAAAGCACUUUGCUGACAGAGUACUUGAAACAACGCGAUGGACCCGACUUUCACCAAAAACUUAUUAAGUUGACGUUUAAUAUUACACCCGUCGAUGAAGCGAAUGCCUUCUGCCAAAGCGUGCUGGAAAGAGGAAUAUUUUGUCGUCAAAGCCCGUACUUCUUCCUGGGUCACUCGGAUGAGCAGCUGAAGGAAAAAUCGUGUUAUUUGAUGAGAGCUUCGCACGAAGAAAUACAUGAGCUCUUGUCAAAGUUUGGCAACUUUUUGGAAGAAAAAAACUUAGCAAAGCGGGCUAGCAAAAUCGCCAUGCUCUUCUCAGGGUUGAACAGAACCGUGCCUUUACAAGCACACGAGUACAAAGUCGAGCCAGAUAUAAAGGGUGGAGUAGUUAGGUCGUACAAUUUCACCGACGGAUGUGGUUUCAUGUCUCCAAACUUUGCUUCAGAACUUCAACAAAUCUUUGAACUGAAUUACAAGCCAAGCGCCGUCCACAUACGAUAUCGAGGAAUCGAAGGCGUGCUGUGUCUCAAAGAUGAUUUGACAGAAGUUAAGGUGCAGUUUCACAAAUCUAUGCAGAAGUUCUUUACCCCAGACGAGAAUAUGCCACGCAUGUUUAACUUCGUCGAUGUCGUGGAUUACUCGCGUCCCUACGUCAAUGGUUACCUUAAUUCUCAAAUGGUCAUGUUGCUGGUAGAACGCGGUGUGUCCGCACAGAAUCUGGAAGAUUUGCAAGAUGGCUUCCAUGAACUAGUGGAGGGCAUGUGCAAUAAAACCGCAGAAUACUUCCUUUCCUUCAAAGGAGAAUUUCGACUUCUGCAGGAGAUUCAAGAGAACGGAAUCGACAGUGGAGUGAGAAAUCGUCUGAAGUUGUUACAAAAGCAAGAGCUAGACGAUAUGGGAAUGGCUGCUUACACAAGAGUACUUGUUCCCAAAUCCCGCGUGGUGUUUGCAGUCUGCGAUCCUCUACACAAGCUGAAGUAUGGUGAGUGUUAUUUCAGCCCUACUACCCCUGGUGAGGAAGCAAGAAAUUUCCCUAUCGGCCAAAAGCUUUUGGUGACGCGCAGCCCGUGUUACGUCCCAGGAGAUUUGCGCGUGUUGAAAUUGACGAAUGAUCGAGAAGGGUACGAGAACUUGAAGGACUGCCUGGUGCUGCCCGCCAGAGGCCCACGACCUCAUGCAUUUGAAUGUUCCGGUGGCGACUUAAGUGGAAAGAAGUUCUUCGUUUGCUGGGAUAAGAAAAUCAUUCCAAGUGGGAACCAGAAACCUUGCGAUUACUCGCCCACAAAGGGAGCUAAACUUCGUCGAACUUCGUCAAAAUCGCUCUCAAAGGUAACUGAGAAAUUCAAGAGAAAUGACCAUGGCAAGGAAGUGAAACAUCGGGAAGAAAUGCUGCAAUACUUUGCUACAUACACUGAUGAAACACAGCAGAAGAUUGAACGAGAAUACAUGAAAUAUGCUACUAGCAAUGGCCCAUCAUCGAAAGAAUGCCGGCGCCUAAGCAAGAUGCUACACCAAGCCACUAAUUUCACCAAAGAUGCAAAUGAUUUCGAAAAGCAACUCGAAGAAGCAGAACAACCGAUAAGUUCGGAAUUGCCCUCGUACUCACUUAGUAACAGACUAUCGUGUGUGUUUUCCACUGACGCGGAACAAUCUGUGAAUGAAAUAAUGAGGAUGAUCGACAAUAAGGCAAAGGUGUUCUUUGAGCGAAUGCAAUUUGAAACAAAGAAGAGCGAAGCUUAGGCUCCCGUGAGGAGGAUAGCAGUAACUUUUCACUCCACUUAUUGAUAUCCAGCGGUCUGAGUGACCAAAAGCAAACUAUAAAAAAAAAUCUGCUAAAGCGGUUUGAAAUAUACGUUACCUCGUAUAACAUGACUGUAAAAAGAAAUUUUUUGAAAGUUUAGAUACUUUUUGCUUUCGUGCCUUCUGCAUGACGCUUGGUUCGCGAGAAUCCCUGACAUUGCGCACGGCUGAAAAUUCGACCGAUAACAAUUAGAUUAUAGAUUGAAAAUCGACAACAGGCAAACUCUUAGGAAAUUUCUCUUAUGAAAACGAACUUAUCAUAGAAUCACUUCUCAUAAUUGCUACUUUUUGUAUAUACCAGUUACGAUAUUUGAAAAAGAGUGUGUUCGAGAGUAUUCCUGUUUGAUAAUUUUCCACAUAUAAUUUUUAUUUAUAGAAUAUUUACCACAAAGGUCCAACUCCCUUCCCAUUUUUUUUUUGAAACGUAUUCAUUGUUUUGCAUCAUAAGCUAAUGUAGGACUAUUUUCAAAUUAACUUUAAGUUUUGUAAAGUUUGUAUCGGCUAAGCCGAAAGAUUUUUUCAAUUCGAUUUUUUUUGUCCUUCACUUUCAAAUUUAGAAUCAUUGGUAAAAAGUGCAUGUAUAUUAUAGAAAACUAUAUCUGCUUUUAUUCUAAGAGUGAGCUGAUUAAUCGUAUAGCUGGAGCUUGUUGUGUUAUCGCCUUUGCUGGUGUUUCCUGUUGGUCACGAAAAAAUUUUCACUUAACAAAAGGCUGGCGUGACGUCUUAGCAAAGCAAGCGAGUGUGUCUUUUCAAUAUUAAAUUAAUUGUAAUGUAAAUAGAAAAAAUGUUACAUAUAGCCAUGCAUGUGAUAUCUAUUAACUGCUUCGCAAAGCUGGUAUUAUGAAAGAUUUAAACCUAUGAUAUGUGUUUAAGUAAUGUUCAAAAUAAAUAUUGAUUAAUUCGCGAACUAGGUAGGGAAACAAAUAUUCCAAUUUCAGAGUUAUAUCCGGGCGGUAGGAACUGAGCAUAUUCAUAGCAGUUUGUAAACCUGAACAACAUUUGAAUUAAACAGUUUUUGAAGA